CGCCGGCGUUGCACUGUCAGUGUGGAGGGGGCUGGUCGUCAGUGCUGCAGCUGCUAGGCCGGGAGCUGCCAGCAUAAGGAACAACUGCAACCGACCGCGAUGCAAGCACAUGAAUUGUUUAGACAUCUGCGAAUGCCAGAACUUGAUGAUUUCAGACAGUAUAUACGCACACUUCCAACCAACACAUUGAUGGGGUUUGGUGCAUUUGCAGCUCUUACAACAUACUGGUAUGCCACAAGACCCAAAGCCCUGAAACCACCAUGCGACCUAUCCAUGCAGUCUGUGGAAGUAGAGGGUGGUGAGCAUGCUCGAAGAUCAUGCCUGCUUACUAGUGAUGAGCUAUUGACCUAUUACUAUGAUGAUGUGAGAACAGCCUAUGAAAUCUUCCAAAGAGGUUUGGAGGUGUCAAAUAAUGGUCCCUGUUUGGGUGUUAGAAAACCAGAUCAGCCAUAUGAAUGGAUCUCUUAUAAAGAGGUGUCAGAGAGAGCAGAGUAUGUGGGUUCAGCACUACUUCACAGAGGCUACAAGCCAGCUCCAGACCAGUACAUAGGAAUCUUUGCACAAAACAGACCAGAGUGGGUUCUCAUUGAACAGGGAUGUUACACCUACUCCAUGGUGGUGGUGCCACUUUAUGAUACGCUGGGAGCUGACGCAAUCAGUUAUAUUGUGAACAAAGCUGAUGUAGGACUGGUUUUCUGUGACAAAUCUGACAAGGCCAAGCUUCUGCUGGAUAAUGUGGAAAGGGGAGAAACUCCAGUCCUCAACACCAUUGUUAUCAUGGAAUCCUUUGAUAGUGAUCUUGUAGAACGUGGGAAGAAGUGUGGGGUUGAAAUUCUCAGCCUGAGAGAAUUGGAGGAGGUGGGGAGAGCUCACAGACAAAAACCUGUGCCUCCAAAUCCAGAAGAUCUAGCAGUCAUCUGUUUCACCAGUGGAACUACAGGAAACCCCAAAGGAGCUAUGAUUACUCAUCAAAAUAUAGUGAGCAAUGCUUCAGCUUUUGUGAAAGCUACAGAGAGUGCAUGUGUCUUGAACCCCAGUGACACACACAUUUCCUUUUUGCCUCUUGCACACAUGUUUGAAAGACUAGUCCAGUGUGUGAUUCUCUGCCAUGGAGCUCGGAUAGGAUUCUUCCAGGGGGACAUCAGACUACUUAUGGAUGACUUAAAAACACUGCAGCCAACUGUAUUUCCUGUAGUACCAAGACUGCUGAACCGGAUGUUUGACAAAAUCUUUGGACAAGCCAAUACUUCACUGAAAAGGUGGAUCCUGGACUUUGCUUCCAAGAGGAAAGAAGCAGAACUUAGAAGUGGCAUAAUUAGAAAGAACAGUCUGUGGGAUAAACUGAUCUUCCACAAAAUACAGGCAAGUCUGGGAGGAAAAGUAAGACUAAUGAUCACUGGAGCAGCUCCUGUGUCUGCAAAUGUACUAACCUUCCUAAGAGCAGCUCUUGGUUGUCAGUUCUAUGAAGGCUAUGGACAAACUGAAUGCACAGCUGGAUGCUCUCUGACCAUACCUGGUGACUGGACAGCUGGUCAUGUUGGAGCGCCAAUGCCUUGCAGUCUCUUAAAACUUGUUGAUGUAGAAGAAAUGAAUUACUUAGCUGUCCAAGGAGAGGGUGAGGUAUGUGUGAAAGGACCAAAUGUAUUUCAAGGCUACUUGAAGGAUCCAGAAAAAACAGCAGAAGCUCUAGACAAAGAUGGCUGGCUCCACACAGGAGAUAUUGGAAAAUGGCUACCAAAUGGUACUUUAAAGAUCAUUGAUCGGAAAAAGCAUAUAUUCAAACUCGCGCAGGGAGAGUACAUAGCACCAGAGAAAAUAGAAAAUGUGUAUAUGAGAAGUGAACCUGUUGCUCAGGUGUUUGUCUAUGGAGAAAGCUUGCAGGCCUUCUUAAUAGCUAUUGUCGUACCAGAUGCAGACACUUUGUCUAGCUGGGCCAAGAAAAAGGGAUUUGAAGGUUCAUAUGAAGAACUAUGCAAAAACAAGGACCUCAAAAAAUAUAUUCUGGAAGAUAUGUUGAAGGUUGGGAAAGACUCUGGCUUGAAGUCAUUUGAGCAGGUCAAAGGCAUUGCCCUGAGCAUGGAGAUGUUUUCUAUUGAAAAUGGCUUGUUGACACCAACACUGAAGGCAAAGAGACGAGAACUACAAAAAUUCUUCAAGUCCCAGAUAGAUGAACUCUAUACUAAUAUCAGGAUGUAACUGAGGGGAAAAUGGGUUGAAGAGAAUGGCAAACAUCCAGUCUACUGUUGGCCUUCAUAUUUGUAUUGACUACAGCAAACAUAGGGAAGGAAACUGUGCAAUCAUUAACUUGUACAAAAAUGGGUACCUGCCAUAGGAAUAUUGAAGAAAAUGGAACAUUGCCUUACUGUCCAGUUAUGUUGCAGACCAUUUUUAUGGUGACCUACAAUUUCCAAAAUUAGCCUUAAACUGUAAAUGUAACUAUGUGAUUAAGUUAUUUAAACUUCCUCAGCCAAAAAUGUGACCUUUUUUGUUAACCAGGGAGUUAA